AGAGAAUUGGGAAGAGGAGGGAGUCCGUGAGCGCGCAUCGCGGAGAAAGGGCGGAGGGUCCAAGAGUAGGAUAUCAAGAGGGUGUGAGACAUGCUACGGUGUCAGUCUCUCGAAGAUGGUGAUGGCUUCCCUGAUCUCGAGGAGGAUGAGGAGAUUGACCAAUUUAAUGAUGAUACAUUCGGAACUGGAGCAAUUGAUGACGACUGGCGGGAGGAACAUGAACGUCUGGCAGAGAUGGAGGAGAGAAUGCCCUCUUCUCACCUUUUGGCCAGAAGUACUUCUAUGAGUGACCCAUUGGGAGAGCAACAGGAAGAGCUAGAGUACAGUCUUAGUCAACUUGUGAAGGAGAUAGAAGAGCAAUCGCUGCCUCGUGGGACACCCACUCUGCUGUCAUCCAGGAUAAACUCAAGUAUAUGGGAUUCUUCCUCACACCUACAGCCAAUCAGAGGGCCCUUCCUUACAGAGGAUAUGAGCCCACUGUCCAUACUACACGAGUAUGGCUUGGCUCCCAUUCCUUCCUCCAACCGAGACAAUACUGACCGAGAUGCCUCGGAGAGAGCUUUACCUCGACGAUCCACCUCACCUAUUAUUGGCAGUCCACCUGUGAGAGCUGUGCCUAUUGGGACUCCCCCAAAACAUGUCGGCCCAAUAUUCAGCCAGCAACAGGUUUUAUGCCCGAAUUCCAUCCACAUUCGAGCAGCCUCUUCCCCUUUCAACAACCAUCCGAGUAAACCAGCAACGCUUUUGAGACACUCGUUCCCUUCUGCCCUCUCCCCACUUCAGCGAGCGCAGCUCGUAGGAGGAGCUCAGGCAGCACCUGGCCGGAUGUCUCCCAGUCAGUUUGCUCGUGCUGGUGGCCUCCAUGGUCCUGUUAUGGCUAGUGUCACACCUCAAAUUUUACAGGGACAUGUAAGGUCAAUGGUUUCAGCAGGUGGUGGAGUGUUCCGUCCCUUUUUUGGUGUUCCCUCUGCAGCUGCCCCAGGAGCCCAUCUCAAGAAUAUAAGGCCUCCGCAGUUGCAGUUCCAUCCCGAUACUACUCACCUGCACCCUCAGCACAGACGUUUACUUCACCAGCGCCAGCAAAACCGUAGCCAACACAGCGGGGUUAAUGGCUCCGGAGGGGAUCACUCUAGCAGGUCCUCACACACUGAAGCUCAUCGGCACGACCCCUAUGCAGGUCUUAUGCUUCAGCGAGAGAAAGAGUGGGUCUGCCGUAUUCAACUCCUCCAGCUGCAGAGCACAGACCCCUAUCAUGAUGAUUUCUACUACCAGAAUUACUUUGAGAAGUUGGAAAAGCUUUCCUCCAAUCAAGAUAGGCCAAGUGAGGGUCCCAGGAAAGAAAGGACAAAAUUAAUCACACCACAAGUAGCCAAAUUGGAGCAUGCCUACAAACCAGUGCAGUUUGAAGGCUCUCUUGGAAAGCUGACUGUAUCCAGUGUAAACAACCCACGAAAGAUGAUUGAUGCUGUGGCAACAAAUCGCUCUGAUGAAGAGGAAACUCGGGAAAAGCAAGUGCGUGACAAAAGACGACAAACUCUUGUUGUCAUUGAAAAGGCAUUUUCUGUACUGUUAGAGCUGGAAGACUUUGAAAGGCGUUUUUCUCUCUGCUGUGAACAUGAAGAGCAGGAAGCGCUGAAUAAAGAACGUAGACAAAAACUGCUCCAGCUCUGUGACAUCCUCAGGGUUAGGGAAGGAAGCGAGAGGGCAGCCGAAGAACAGAUUGUUCAGAUUAUGUGCAUCCGAAAGGGAAAACGCCUGGUGGCUCGGAUAUUCCCUUUCCUUCCUUUGCAAGAGUGCACAUCUUUAAUUUCCACUGCAGCCCACAGUUUGCCCUUUCUCAUCAAAAAGGAUGUUCAAGAUCAGAUGCUGCCUUUCCUUGCUGCUCCAUGCGCCCAAGUGGUUGGCCAGCUGUCUGGAACCGCACUCACUUCCCUACUACAGUGUCUCUGUGGAUCUGGGGUUACAUCCCCUCAACAGCAGCUUACAGCUGUUCUCCAGAAUAAACUCGGCCUGACCCUUCUAUGCCAGAUUCUUGAUCGAGGUGAAGAGUUAAUGAGUUCUGAAUGCCCUGCUGCACUGAAGCAAUCUCUUUGGACACCUCUGGUUGCACAAGUUGCUCAUUGCUUUUUGCAGAUUCAAGCAAACUCCCUGCCUCAACUCCUAUGCUCCCCAGUCACAGCUCUGCUCCACUUUUCACGGUACCUCAAUGAACAGAGUCUCGGCAAACUACGGUCAAAGUUCAGGUUGCCUCACAGUCCCUGAAAAAAGUUGCACCUUGGACCUGCCACAAGCUUCCUUUCCAGUCUUUGCUUCAGGGGUUUUAUGUGAGGUUUUAUUAUGUUCCCGCUAAGGUCAAUAUGAGCAUUGCAGUAAAGGGAAAUUCCUGUUAAAAAAAAAAAAGGCCUGGUGGCCCUGCAUCACCAUCUACAGGACAGAAGUGACUUUGCUGAUGCAAGACA